CUUAAGAACUUACAAGAGGUUUGCGGCCAUAACGAUAAAAAACAUCCAAAUAUUAUUGAAUUUUACGGAAUCACUCAAGGUAAUCGAAUACAAUCAUUUGAAGAAUUUAAAGCAAUACGGACCUUGGCUAAACCAAUAGAUGAACUAUGGAAUUUCUUUAUGGUAUAUUUCCUAAAUACGGGACUUUUAUGGGUGGUUCGACCACAGGCACGUGAUAUACCAGAAUUUGAGCGAUACUGGGGAUUUGGAGCUUUUAUACAAUUUUUAACUAGUUUAUCAUAUGAUUUUAAUACAGAAACUCCAUAUAUAAUACCUUGA